AAACAUAAAGCAAAAAAUAGGAUUACGAAUUUUAUGAGGAAAGAAAAUAACAGGAGAAAGUGUAGCCUACGAACAACUAGUCAAACGGAAGCCUCGCUCGCUGCGCUUCCACAGUACCAGCACCCGCCCCCACCCCACCCUCCUUCCCACGCUUCCUUCCACAAUGUGCUAAAAUGCGCCGGUGCUGAAGCUCCACCGAGCACGCGUUCUUGUGGCCCCAUUCUUCUCCCAUGGCGCUGUACGGAGCGGCGGCGUUGCUUGGUCUACUGCUAGCAAGGGUUUUUCUUGGAAUGCGACUUUCUGUACCGCUGGUGGCUGCUGCUCUUGAUUGUCCGUUGGACUUGAGUAGGUCUAAUUUCACACUGGCAGCCUCCCUGUGCUCCAAACAGGAAGAUAGAGGAAAAUGCUGUCGUUACAUCAAUGCCUUGGUUGCUAUUUCUGUCUCCCGUUAUGCAAAUGCUACAAGUAACUUAGGGGUUACUUCAGAUUUAUCUGACCUCUGCCUCCGUACCAUAUCCAGAACUUUUCAGCUUUAUGGGGUAACAAGAAAUGCAACAGUUUUCUGUGGCUUCGGGACGAAAAUACCUGUAAGGUAUGAGUGCCACGGUCAAUCAACUGUUACCCAAAUGCUCCAGUCUCCAAAAUUCGGUGAUGUUACUGAAAAUUGCAAAGUGCCUCUGUCGGGGGAUGAUAGGUGUCGGAAAUGCUUGAAUGCUGGUAUCCUAUAUCUUCGGAAUCUACUAGGGCCUGUAGAUAAUGUGACAUUGAGUACUUGUAGAGAUGCAACUUUUACUGCUCUUACCAGCCAAGUCGAUUAUAUAUCAACUAUUGACAUUGCGAGCUGUUUCUUUGGGGUUCAAGGUCUUAUUACUCCAACAGGAUUGUCCCCGCCAUUACUUCCACCUCCAACAUCUGUCAGUCCACCAGCUGCUGCUAGUCCUUCUCAACUUUCCCUGACUGCACCUCUGAAGGAAAAUCGCCAUCGUUACCACCUCACACUGGUUCCAGGCAUUGGGAUUGCAGUUACAGCAAUAGCCAUCGCACUGAUUGCAGUAUUUAUCGUCCUUAUUCAUAGGAAAAGCAGAGAACUGGAGAAUACUGAUAUGAAUGAUGAAACAUCCACAAAAGCCAUGGCUCUUCCUGCAAGAAAGUUUCAGGAUGGUCCAUCCUUCAUGUUCAGAAAAUUCAGCUAUAAAGAGACGAAGAAAGCAACAAACAACUUUGGCACUGUUAUUGGACAAGGAGGAUUUGGGAUUGUGUAUAAAGCCGAGUUUCCAGAUGGUAUGGUUGCAGCCGUGAAGCGGAUGAGCAAAGUUUCGGAGCAGGCUGAGGAUGAUUUUUGUAGAGAACUAGAGCUCCUUGCUCGACUGCACCAUCGUCAUCUUGUGGCUCUGAGAGGCUUUUGUAUAGAAAGGCAUGAGAGGUUUCUAAUGUAUGAAUUUAUGGCAAACGGGAGCUUAAAGGAUCAUCUCCACGCACAAGGUAGAACUCCUCUGAGCUGGCGCACAAGAAUUCAAAUUGCAAUUGAUGUCGCAAAUGCACUGGAAUACCUCCAUUUCUAUUGUGACCCUCCUUUAUGCCAUAGAGAUAUUAAGUCAAGCAAUAUAUUACUUGACGAGAACUUCGUUGCUAAGGUUGCUGAUUUUGGCCUUGCACAUGCUUCGAAAGAUGGUUCCAUUUGCUUUGAACCUGUGAACACCGACAUACGGGGAACCCCAGGUUAUUUGGAUCCCGAGUAUGUUAUAACACAAGAGCUUACAGAGAAGAGCGAUGUGUACAGUUAUGGAGUUGUUCUGUUGGAGCUGAUUACAGGAAGACGAGCAAUACAAGAUAACAAGAACUUAGUUGAGUGGUCACAAGUAUAUUUGGCUUCAGAAUCAUCAAGAUUAACCGAGUUUGUUGACACAUUCCUUGGUGAUGCCUUCGACUUUGAUCAACUCCAAACUUUAGUAGCAAUUGUGAGAUGGUGUACUCAAAGAGAAGGAAGGGCAAGGCCUUCGAUUAAGCAGGUUCUGAGGCUUCUGUACGAAAGCUCGGACCCGUUGCACAGUGGAUUUGUUGAAGCAGUGGAGGAUGAAGAAUGUGAAGAAACUGAAAGCCGGGGAAGAAAAAGCAGAGGCAAGAGUAUGUUUUUCAGUGGAGAUGGAAGGUGUUUAGCUUCUUCUUCAAGCACGUCUAGAUCAUAUUGCAGUCGAAGCUUCCUCCUUGAAAUGGGAUCUCCUCAGUCACCUCACAAUAUCCCAUCCUUAUAGUUAAAAUUCUUGUCGAGUUCAAUAUCAGAUUGAUCCCACGUAGAAAAAGGGUUGGGUUUAUUUGCUCAUUUGCAGAGAGCUGGGUAUAGAAGCUCAUACAUUUAUGGGUAUUAUCACCAGAGAAGUGCAGAAAUGAAGCAAUGACAAUGUGGUUCUUGAUCUUCUGUGUGAAAUGAUCUUUGCUGAAACAGCCCAGAAAGUGAAGAGGAACAUACAUUCCACAGCCAACCAACUUGAAAUUGAGGAAUGAUACAGAUAUUUACAUUGAAUGAGAAGGGAAGAGAGCAACUUGUUUGUGCAUUUCAAAUGGUUCAGACAGUUUGAAUUCCAGCAGAAUUUUCAGUUCUUGUUGUAUCUUAGAUGUCAAAUGUAUCAGCACUGAGCUUUUUCUUUUUUCUUUGGUUGUGAUAGAAGAUUUUAAGAUGAACAUUCACAUUUUUGUUGUACCCAGAAAACAUGGUUUGAGGUAGCUUUCUUGUGAUCACUAAAAUUACAUCAAGACGAAAUAAGAGGCGCCCAUGAAAUCCAAUCUAUUAGA